ACGGAAACACAUGUAAAGUUGUUCUUACCCUUCGAACAUCUACUUAUUUACAUAAUCUACCACAUACCUCUGGAACAUCAGAGGCCUAUUUUGGGAAAUCCACGCAAAAAAUACAUAGCCGACGCCGCUCUCAAACCAAGUCUCGGGGCCAGUCCCAGUCGUCGGACGGAAGUCAGUGUUGCGUUUGUGAAUCACUAUGAACUCUGCAAUCGUUCUCGGCCCGCCGGCGUGCUGCCGUCGAUUCUCAGGUCGCCGGAGCCCUAAGCCGAUCAAGCCUGAACCACCUCAGUUCAAAUUGCCUUCAAGUUCUCUCAAAUUGCAAGGUUUUGGACUUCGUAAUGAUUCGUCACUGCUUUCUAGCUCUGUUCUAUCUUCUCGAAUCAAGGUUUCGUCGAAUGAUGCUCAGUUCGGUUCGUUUGCUGAGGAUAAGGAGGUCGAGGCGCCGAGUUUCUUCGAGUUUAUCACGUCCGAGAGGGUUAAAGUAGUGGCUAUGCUUGGCUUGGCUCUCGCGCUUUGUAAUGCCGAUCGGGUUGUGAUGUCGGUAGCAAUCGUUCCUUUGUCUCUAUCUCAUGGUUGGAGCCGAUCGUUUGCCGGCAUAGUUCAGUCAUCGUUCCUUUGGGGCUAUUUCGUAUCUCCAAUAGCCGGUGGAGCUCUGGUGGACCACCAUGGUGGCAAGAUGGUCAUGGCAUGGGGGGUGGCUUUGUGGUCACUGGCCACGUUUCUGACUCCUUGGGCUGCUGAGACUUCGUUAUGGGCACUUCUUGCCAUGCGUGCCUUGCUUGGCAUUGCUGAAGGCGUGGCCCUUCCUUGUAUGAACAACAUGGUUGCUAGAUGGUUUCCUCCAACAGAACGAGCCAGGGCUGUCGGUAUAGCAAUGGCUGGAUUUCAGUUAGGAAGUGCAAUAGGACUCAUGCUUUCUCCAAUCCUAAUGUCUCAAGCUGGUAUAUUUGGACCUUUUGUCAUUUUUGGGCUGUCAGGGUUUUUAUGGGUCUUGGUAUGGUUAUCUGCAAUAUCCAGUACUCCUGACCGGAAUCUUCAGAUAUCCAAAUAUGAAAUGGAGUAUGUAAUGAACAAGAGGCAACAACCUUUAAUGGUGGAGAAUGCAUCUAGGACAACAACUGUGAUUCCUCCUUUUAAGCGUCUGCUUUCUAAAAUGCCAACAUGGUCCCUUAUCGUUGCAAAUGCUAUGCAUAGUUGGGGUUUCUUUGUGAUUCUUUCAUGGAUGCCCAUCUACUUCAACUCAGUGUAUCAUGUUGACCUCAGACAAGCAGCGUGGUUUAGUGCUGUUCCAUGGUGUGUGAUGGCACUGAUGGGAUAUUUUGGUGGACUAUGGUCUGAUGGGUUAAUACGAAGUGGUACAACUAUCACUUUGACUCGAAAAAUUAUGCAGUCAAUAGGUUUUAUUGGCCCUGGGAUUGCUCUGAUUGGCCUCGCUUCAGCUAAGAGUGCAUCAAUUGCAUCCGCAUGGCUGACUUUGGCAGUUGGACUGAAAUCUUUCAGCCACUCGGGUUUCCUUGUGAACCUUCAGGAGAUUGCUCCACAAUACUCUGGUGUGCUUCAUGGGAUGUCUAACACUGCUGGGACACUCGCUGCUAUCGUGGGGACAGUUGGGGUUGGUUUCUUCGUGGAAAUUGUGGGCUCUUUCCAAGGAUUUCUGUUGCUUACCUCUUUCCUAUACUUUAUGGCUGCGCUUUUCUACAUCCUCUUUUCAACGGGCAACAGGGUAAAUUUUGAAGAAACUGACAAGUGCAUGCUGUAAACCAUACCAGUGCUUCAUCCACAAAUUUUUUGUCGGUAGAACGGGAAACCCGAUUCUCUUUUGAUUUGAGAAGUUUAGUUUUGUGAAGAUAUGUUAUACCCUUACAGUCAACUUUUUCCACGGAAGUAAAAUAUCACAGAACUCACUUUCAUCUCA